GGCAUGAUAGGCCGUGGCGACGAUGCAAACGAGAUUGAAGCGUACGAGGACGAAGUUCCCGGAGACGACGAAACCGUCGCAUCGGAAAAAAGCGCUAAGAAUAUCGGCGCUUUCCUUCGCGAAUUGUUUUCGAGGCGGCUGCCGGACGAAUGCGUUAAAUUCUCCUUCCUGUUGCUCAAUGGCAUGGCCCUCCUCGUAGGUAUAACCGCUAUCGUGACAUCCGCAUGGAUGCUAGCCGAUGGAGAUUUUACGUCCAGAUUAAACGGCCAGCGGCUUGCCAUGACGAUCUUGCUAAUUUUAGGAGUAUUUGUAUCCCUCGUGGCUUUUACGGGAAUUGUAGGAGUCGUGGCGAGAAGAAGGCACUUCAUGAUUUUCUACUUGAUUUGCCAAUCGAUCGCUCUUUGUGCGAUAUUCGUAUGCGUGACGAUGAGCUUUUCGUUUUUCGACAAAAUUGCGAGAAAAAUUCGAGACGACAUGAUCAAUUCGGUGGCAAACUAUCAGUCUCUGAAUUGGGCCACGGAAGCGUGGGAUAAUACUCAGAGAUAUCUAAAAUGCUGCGGAAUUAAAUCUUCCAACGAUUGGUGGGAUUAUCAAAUGGACAUUCCACGAAGCUGUUGCGCUGUAUCGGUUGUCGAGUGUUUGUACAUGACCGAGAACGUGGCUUAUAAAAAUGGAUGUUUAAAAGGGGCACUACUGCUGUUAAAAUCGUACGUCCACGCCGCCUCGGUUUCCAUGCUGAUCGUGUUUCCGUUUCUGUUAGGAAGCGUGUUGUUGGCGCUCGGUUUACUCAGAAGAGCACUCGGGGCGAGUCAUUCGUCGGGGGAUCAGGUGACCCAAAGACGUCAGGGAUGAACGAUGAGUCAGAAGUGAAUGACAAGUCCGAUGAGGAACGUUUUCCCGUUAUUUUAUUAUCAUAUAUAGAUCAUAUAUUUUCUGAAAACACUUAAUAUAUUGUACUUAAGAUAAUAAUAUCGUAAGUUUAUUGGACAUGCUGGUUGGGUCGUAACGCUGUCUGCCGCGCUGCAGAGUGAUUUACGUGGGGAUUCCGUUGAAGUUAACUCGCUUCCGGCGCUUUUCUACGAUGAUCAUCGAAUCUGGGACGCGCUCUCGAUACGCGGGAGGCAGGGGCACACGGUGAAGGGGACGAAAAAAUACAUUUAUAAAAAUUACUCGUGAUCAUCGUAACGGAUCCUCGUUCACGGAAGGGUUCGAACGAGGCUUAACCGGAUAGUGCGGAGACAAGUUCCUCCUCUUCCCUUUCCUCUUUUCUUUCCCUACGGUGAAACGGAACGUCUUAACGCACGAAAUUGAUCGCCCUGUUCGACGCGACACACACGAAAUAUUGACAUAGUGAUAAUUUAACGCGCAUUUGUCUUUCUCUCUCAAUUUAUCAUCUCUGAAUUACCGCUAACAGUUGUGGCAGUGGUACGCCGCCGUGUGUGCGUGCGUGUUGCGUUCGCGUGUGCGUGUAUGUAAAAUUGUAUGCACUUGUAUGUGCUUGUAGAUCGUGUGCGCAGUGUAUACUCCGUGUAUAUCCGUGUACGAUGUCCAAUACGUGGAUAUAGUUGCCGUUUGGGGGUGGGACAGGGCUGGGCGCAGUUUCCAGGCAGGUUCCAUCCAAUUACAGAUAUAUUAUAUCAUAGCAAACAUCGUGACUAUUUACAAUAAAUACAGUCGAUUAGAUUAUAUAAAUAAAAUAUAUAUAUAAUAUCGUAUCGUUAGGUUUAGGUUUACAGCAACACGUGACAGUAAACAAUUAGAUCAGCGGCAAAGUAGCGUAAUCUAUCUAGGGUAGUGGUCGUAGUAGCUUUAGCGUGGCUGACUCUUCUGCCUCUCUUUUCGCUUACUCGCUUGUUCCUUCAUCCUUCUCAUAUUCACGCCGUAUCUUUCUCUUCCUUUCGCUCACACAUUCAUGCACGCACGCAUACAUCCACGAUCUCUUUCUCUCUCUUUCUUUGUCUAUCGCUCUUACGUCUUCGACUUCCGUCACGCUUCCGGAAUUCCGAAUCUGCUGUUUUUUUGUUUGUUUUUUUUUAUUCGGGGUGGAAUCGUCCCCGAA